UAUUUCAGUUCUAAUUAUCUGAAGAACGCUGCAGCAGCCUUAGCUCCAUGCAUCGUCCGCAUUGGUGGCACACGAGCAGAUUUUAUGACCUUUGUAGUAGGACAAGGACCAUCUACACCGCUCACAGUUGAAAAAGACAUGCAAUUUAAUAUAUACAGUGAGUAAAUAAAGAAAACUCAGGCCUUCUUCACUAAAUGUUUUCUUUAAUUUGUUGAUGUUUUCUCAACUGGAACUCCUGAUGAGUUGAUGUGCAAACUCCUAAUGCGUUGAUGUGUAAACUCCUGAUGCGUUGAUGUGUAAAUUUCUGAUGCGUUGAUGUGCAGACUCCUGAUGAGUUGAUGUGCAAACUCCUGAUACGUUGAUGGGGAGUACUAUAGGUUACAUAUUACAUAUGGAUUGUGGCAUGGGGAGUACUAUAGGUUACAUAUUACAUAUAAAUUGUGGCAUGGGGAGUACUAUAGGUUACAUACUACAUAUGGAUUGUGGCAUGGGGAGUACUAUAGGUUACAUAUAUUAUGGAUUGUGGCAUGGGAGUACUAUAGGUGUUGUGAGCGAGAGUUGGUGUGAGUGUUGGGUAGGGGGAGUCGUUAAUCGUGGGAGUGUUUUGUGAGUUGAUUAUCGGACAUACAUCUAGAACUUGACAAGUCGGAGCCCAAAUUUUCAUUAGUUUCAUGUUUAGUCUUGACAUUUUUAUCUUGACGAAAUCCUCCAAAAUCUUCAUCGUUGGUUUGGCCAGUGAUACUGAAUAUUUCAGUAUGUUGUGAGCGAGAGUUGUUGUGAGUGUUGGGUAGGGGGAGUCGUUAAUCGUGGGAGUGUUUUGUGAGUUGAUGGUCGAGAGGUCAGAGCGUGAAAGCGUGAAGUUAGUCCGUGAUGUGGGACGGUUGCGUAGGCUGAGUUGUUGGGUGGUUUUAUAAAAGGGAGGUGUGUUAGCUAGAGGUCAGUUCAGAGUUAGUAAGAGUUAGGCAGAGAAAGUCGGAGUCAGUCAGAGUCAGUGAGAGACAGGGUCAGUGUUAGGCAGUCAGAGCUAGUGAGAGAAGUCAGAGUUAGUCAAGAGUUAGUUGGUUGUUAGUCGUGAUAAGAGAGAGUGGUAGUUGGACUGAUGAAUGUUCCACGCUAUAUAUAUAUUGUCAUUAAAUAACGGUCAUCCUGUUUUAUGAAGUAUCGAAUAAAAUAUUAUAUAUUGUUACAAUUGACCUCUUGCGUUCUAUGUGAGAGAACGUCGUAGCAUUUCAAGUACUACAAGGCUGUAACAUUUGAAGUUACGACGAAGGUCGUAACAAUAGGUUACAUAUUACAUAUGGAUUGUGGCAGAAGGGAAAGAUGAUGAAAAAGUAUGACUGUUCAAUUUAUCGAACGAAAAAAUCAUUCCAAAAGUAAAGUAAAACAAAUAAUAAAUUGUUUCUAUUUUUAUAGUCAUUCGAAUAUUCAAAUAGUAACCCAAUUUCUUUAGUAAAUUUAUUUUACUUGUAAAGUCAUUUCUAUAAUAAUUGUGUACCAUUAAUAAAGUUAUUCAAAUAUUAAAAUAAUUUACUACAUUCGCAUAUGCAUUUAAGGAGUAAAGUCAUUCCGAUAGCUGAGUUAUUCCAAUGAGCAAUACUGACGACUCUAUUGAAAGACCACUUCCCAGAAAGCUUCCGACCAUUUCUGUAAUGGAAGCUCACUAUUAAUUUUAAAAAAUUAAAUUUUUGUGACUUUUCUGAUUUAAGUUACAUAAAAAGUUGCGAUAACGAUUAAUUAGCCAGACAUAAAUAUUUGAAUCGGAGAUCAAAUAAAAAUAUAUGAAUACGAUAAUUAUAGUUUUUUAUUUAAUUUUGGGAGUUUAAUCAAUAAAUUCAAUAUUAAUCCCAGGAUAAUUUUUCGACAGGUAACCAGAUGCUCAUGCUGAUUAAUUUUAUCAAAUUUGCCGGAUGGGACAUUGUGUUCAAUUUCAACCUUUUGAAACGACAAGGCAACAACUGGGACCCAACCAAUGCUAAAAUUUUUUUGGAUUUUGCUGUAGAACACAAUAUAUCAAUUGAGGGAUUUCAUAUUGGCAAUGGUAAGCACAUGUUAUGUACAGUUAUUGUUGUUGGCAAAUGAAAGCUUUGUAAUAGAAUGGCUUUAAUAAGCUAGGGGAUUGGGUGAGCGGCAAUGGGCAGGAACCCGAGUUUGGUUAGGGUUAGGGUAAGGGAUUGGGUAAACCAAAACUUGGACAGGAACCCGAGUUUGAUUAAGGUUAGGGUUAGGUUAAGGGAUUGGGUAAACCAAAACGUGGACAGGAACCCGAGUUUGGUCAGGGUUAAGGUUAGGGUAAGGGAUUGGGUAAACCAAAACUUGGGCAGGAACCAGAGUUUGGUUAGGGUUAAGGAUAGGGAUUGAGUGAGCGGAAACUUUGGCAGUUACCCACUUGUAAUUUUUAAAAACAAAAAUGCUAAUACAUAGGGGUGGGAAAAAGAUAAAAUUAAAUAAAUAAUUAUUGCAUUUAAAGCCGUUUUUGUCAAUUUUAGUUCUCAUUAAUUAUGUACGACUCAAGGGGACAGUUGUAUCUAAUAAAGUUAAGAGAGGUGUAUUCAGUGGCAUAGUAAGGUUCUAAGGUUGGGGGGGGGGGUGUCCGGUCAGGGAGGAGCUCUUCCUCAUAUGGGGGAGAGGGGAAUGUGGCAAUUUCUGUAAAUUAUGGAACUUUGUUUUCGUGGGAGGAGAUUGGCAAACGACUCAAGGGGACAGUUGUAUCUAAUAAAGUUAAGAGAGGUGUAUUCAGUGGCAUAGUAAGGUUCUAAGGUUGGGGGGGGGGGGUGUCCGGUCAGGGAGGAGCUCUUCCUCAUAUGGGGGAGAGGGGAAUGUGGCAAUUUCUGUAAAUUAUGGAACUUUGUUUUCGUGGGAGGAGAUUGGCAAAAGGCGUGCCCCGCCCUUGUCGGUUCUAAACCUAGCAGCGCCACUUGAUGUAUAAUAGAGGGGGCAUUCAUGUCUAAAAAUGAGGAAAAUAGUAUAUAAUAUAGGGGAAAGUCGAAUAUAAGUGAAAACGAAGGUGUUUAAAAUGGAGAGGUAAUUGUAUAUAAUAGAAGAAAGAUGUGUUUUUAAUGGAAGGGAGUUUUGUGAUAUAAUUGAAAACAAAGGUGUUUAUAAUGGAGGGGAUAGUUGAAUAUAAUUGAUGAGGCGAUGUCUUUUAAUACAGUGGGCAGCUGAAAUAAAUUGUUAUACUUUUGACACAUUUACAAGAGAUAUCUCUGUUAUUUUAUCAUUGUGAACGUUAGAGGUGAAUGCUUAUCCCGGCAAUGGUUACAUGAUUAUCGACCCUAAGACACUGGUGAACGAUCUCAACAUCCUGAGAAACGUCUUGUCUACCUACCCAAUGUACAAGGAGAGUAGAGUUCUAGGACCGGAAGUGACACGGUUUAACAAAAGAUCUGCUUCAGAUUACUUGAGUGGGUAAGUUGACUGGGGUCAAGAUGAUUACUGUGUAAAUAUAUUCUCAGUGGCAUUCUUUGAUUUAAUGCCUCUUAGGGAGCACUCCUGACGAUGAAUUCCACUAACCCACACAACAUAUGCCAACAUAUCACUUUUACAAUAGUGUUAUGUAUCAACCCUAUGGUCGUCACCUUGGUACAAACGGCCUCAUGACUUUUGUGGCCUUGCUGCGAAUUUUCGGUUUUGUGCCCUGUACGUACAGGGUUGAGGGUUUAAUUUGUGUUCCACUUGAGCCUAACUGAGCAGUGCAUUAUUGGUUUAACUUGUGUUCCACUUGAGCCUAACUGAGCAAUGUAUUAUUUUGAAUACGUCAAUUUCCAAUGUCCUGUAACUUUAUUGAAGGUUGAGGUGGAACAAAACUUUAUGCUCGAUACAAUGGUGACUAUUGACAUCAUGUUAUAAUGAAUACUAAACCUAAGUCCAAAGUCUGUUAAUGUAACUUUUAUGAAGAGAGGAGGGGCAUGAUGAAAUUAUGGAAGCAUAUCUUCCAGUACCAUUUGAGUUUAGUAAAAAUGUCCUUAUUUAUUUUAACUGGCUGUUAAAAUGCUUAGUCACUAAACAGUUGACCUGCACAUCUUUCCUGAUUGGUUCUUCACCUAUUUUCCCAUUACAGAUUAAACGUUUCACGUUUUUAUUGUUACAAUAAGCUUUUGAAAAGAGAACAUUUAAAUAAACAAAGCUUUUCAAAUGUAUUUAGUCUACUAAAAAUGAUUGUAUUAUCAAAUAUUUAUUUACAAUCAACGCGAACUCAAUAUUUCUUUCGAAACAUUAUGUUAAUUAGGGACAUAGACAUAACCUGCUCAUUUAGGACAUAUCCCUUAACUCUUCAUUUAGGGCAUACUCCUAACCUCUUCAUUUAGGACUUGACCCUACCUACCUUUUUUUAGGACAUAGUCCUAACGAGUUUAUUUAGGAAAUAGACCCAAUCUGUUUAUUUAGUUCAUAGUCCUAACCUGUUCAUUUAGGUCAUAAUCCUAACCUGUUUAUUAAGGAAAAAGGCCUCGAUUAAUUAAAUUUACCACGAUAAGUUAGGUUUAAUGUUACUGUUAGGGUUAAAUCAAAGAUAUUAUAUUUUUUUGUUACACGCUACAUUAAAAGAAAAGGGAGAGUAUCGUCCAUUUUGUAUUGAACUUGUUUAAAAUGUAACAUUCUUGACAGUGAAACGCCUUCCUGAUUGAGCAUUUGUCUAGAGCAAACCUUCGAAAAACUACGUCCCUCAGGACACAACAGGUCCGCCGCGUGCUAACAAUAGAUUUAAGAUAAACACCUUUCCCAAUCAACCCAGGGGAAAUACAAUUCCCAAUUUAUAGUUACGCCUAAGAAGUGUUUAAGUAACACUAUCCUUUUAGCUGUUAUGAAGCCCUAAACCUUACCUCUUAGCUGAUAUGUAACCGCAACCCUAAGCUCUUAGCUGAUAUGUAACCGCAACCCUAAGCUUUUAGCUGAUCAGAGGCGCAGCGAGGCUGUUUGGAGCCCGGGGACAAGAUCCAUUUUAAAGCGCCCCCUUUUUCUUUUUUUUCAACUCUAAAACCCAUUAUUUUUACCAAAAAUAAAGUAUCAAAGCACAUUUUGGCGCCCCUAACUAGCUUGCGCCCGGGGACAUCUGUUCCACCCCUGCCCCCCCCCCGCUACGCCUCUGUAGCUGAUAUGUAAUCCUAACCCUUUUGCUGAUUUUACCCUAUCCCUAACCUCUUAGCUGAUAUGUAAGGUUGGCACUGUCAAUAAUUCUGUCUACUAAUUGUUUUCAGAUAAUCUUAUUUUUAUGUUAAGGUUUUUGAAAGCUGGCGGAUGUGAUGUCGUCAAUGAAGUUACCUUUCACCAGUAAGUCUUUCCUGCAUUUUUUUACCACCAGAAUAUCGUUUGUGUUACAGAAGGUGCUGCUUUAAUUUGUUUGUAUUAUAGGUAGAGCUGUUUGAUGUUGUUUGUGUAUAGGUGGAGCUGUUUUAAGGUGUUUCUAAUAUAGAUGGAGCUGUUUAUAGUCAUUUGUGUUAUAGAGGGAACUGCUUUAAGUAGUUUUGUUCAUUUAUACGUGUAAAAAGGUAACUUAUUAUAAUGUUAGCAGAAUUAUCACACCAUUUGUUAUAUUCUUCAUGUUCAAAUGUAAAAAAACCAAAGCGGUAGUAUAUGCCACUACACCCUAACCCUAACCCGUAGUAUACGCCACUAAACCCUAACCAUUAGAAGAAUUAUAAGUCACUAAACUCUAACACAAAGCCUUAUUUUAUGCCCCUAACCCUAUGCGGUAGUAUAUGCCACUAAUAUUUUACGCUGGUAACAUUCGAUUACUAGGCACAAAGGUCUUUUUUUGUGUGGUAGGCUUAGACAUUGUUAGUUUUUGUAAUGGUCGCUUCUUUACAAUGGUCUGGGAAUGCUUUAAAAGAUUACUUUUGUUUGAUAUAUGCGAAAGCACAAAUUGUAGUAUUAAUUGGGCCAGGGGAAUCGUCAAUAAUGAAAGAUCCAAUGUGAAACGUGAAUUUGUGAAGUCAUACGUUUUCAAUCAAUGCUAUACCAAAUGAUUUCUUGAUGAAUACUAUCCAUUUACGCAACAUUAAUAUAAGGCAAAACUCUUUAUGAUUUUUAGCUACUACAUCAGCGGCUACACAGCUAAAGUAGAGGAGUUCACUAACGUCUCUGUGCUGGACUGCCUGAUGGAAGCCUUUGUGAAAGGCAAAAAUAUCAUGAAAGAACAUUCUUGCUACUCAUCGUUUCGGAUGACAGAGACGAGCUCAGCUUUUGGUGGAGGAACUGAAGGAAUGUCCGACAGAUACAUGGCUGGAUUUCUGUAAGAUAUAUGGCUGGAUUUCUGUAUGAUUUUCAUGGGGGGACAAGGACACUUAAAAUAAAUGUAAUAUUCGUUAAAUGACUUGUGUACACGAAUUCAUUAGUAGAUUAUACAUUUUGAGGACUAGAUAACACAUAACAUUUGAUAAAAUUACUAUAUUACACAUUACAUAAAUCUAGUGUAGCCGAGUGGAUGACGUAGCUUACAGUUUAAAUGAAAUCACAAUAAAACAAUCAGGUCUGAGAACUAGAGCUUUUAAUGGAAAAGGUACAAUCCGUUGACAGAGCCGACAGGAAAAUCUCUCACACCUGCCAUCGACCCGACGCAUCCGUUCCACACCACAAUCUCCAAAAUGUCCACACCUCAAGUCCCAGUUCGCCCCCCCCCCUCCCACACACACACAGUCACAGGGAACCCGCGUCCGAGCUGACCAUGGGUCAACCCCGUAGCAGGGAUGGUUAUUCCCGCGUCUAAAUAACCUACAUAAAAUUUAAGGCCAGUACACGGCUGAGUGUUACGUUGAAUGACCAUGGAUAAUGGAUGUGUACGUGCUUGGGAUUACCCAUAGCAGUCACACUAUGACUAUGUGAGUGGAUUCUCUUAUAUAGUGGCACAUUGCCACACUAGAGUACAUAUAACACGAAUAGAUUACACAGUGCACAAAUAUAUGGUACAAAUAUGUGGCUAGAUUUCACAUUGCACAAAUAUCGGGUACACGUAACAAGGCUAGAUUACACAUUGCAUAACUAUAGGGUACGCAUAACACGACUAGACUACACAUUGAACAGCUAAAGAAUACACAUAACACGACUAGAUACGCAACCCUUAAAAUUAAUUAAGCCACUUUUACUUCAUAUUUUAGAUGCAGGACAGAUACACUUAUUAAUUUAGAUGCAGGACACUUUUACUUCAUAUCUUAGAUGAGGGACACUUACAAAAAUAUAUAUAUAUAUUAUUUCCAUGUGUGCCAUUUCAAAUAGUAAUUAAAAUAAAUUUCUUAGAAAAGAAGACAAGAGUUUUUGAAACUUAACUUAAAGCCUAACCCUUACCCUGAACCUAACGCUAACCCUAACCCUAAAACUGACGCUAACCUAAGUCACAGUAUAUGUGCACAGGUAUACCAUAUACAAAAUAUCUUGCUGGUGAUCUGAAAACAAACUUGAUAGAUGUUCAUAUUUCAGUUGGCUGGACAAGUUGGGUCAAUCUGCUUUAAAUGGUGUAACUGUUGUCCAUCGUCAGACCUUUUAUGGUGGGCAUUAUGGUCUCUUCAGUAUUAGAAAUAAGCAACCCACACCGGUAAGUGCACGUUAAAUUUUAUGAAAUGAAUUAUUCAUGAUCAGGCUUAUCAAGCUACUAUGUUUGACAACAAUUUGGACAUACCUUAUGAAUUCCAAUCCGAUAAAAGCGCUUUCCUUUAAAUGUAUUUAAAGCAGUAUUUUUUAGCCAAUGCAGAAACGGCAGAAAAUUAACUUAUUCCGCUAACAUGGCCGAAAAUUUGUUUUAAAAAAAAAAAAAAAAAAAAAAAAAAUGGAAGACAAGAAAAAGUAAAAAAAUAAAUAUUGAUAUUUGUAAAUCUAUCUUUUUGUUUUUUAAUUUUAAAAAUUUAUUUUAAAAAAAAAAAAAAAAAAAAAAAAAAAAUGGAAGACAAGAAAAAGUAAAAAAAUAAAUAUUGAUAUUUGUAAAUCUAUCUUUUUGUUUUUUAAUUUUUUAAAGUCGAGAAUAUCGGUUCUGCAUUGCACCGUAAACAUUGUACUAGUAAUUUUUUAAAAACUUUCAUUUGGUAUACACUAAUCAUGCUACAAUACUGAAAUAUUUUAUUUGUUAUACACUAAUCAUGCUACAAUACUGAAACAUUUUAUUUGUUAUACACUAAUCAUGCUACAAUACUGAAACAUUUUAUUUGGUAUACACUAAUCAUGCUACAAUAUUGAAAUAUUUUAUUUGGUAUACACUAAUCAUGCUACAAUAUUGAAAUAUUUUAUUUGUUAUACACUAAUCGAGCUACAAUAUUGAAAUAUUUUAUUUGUUAUACACUAAUCAUGCUACAAUACUGAAACAUUUUAUUUGGUAUACACUAAUCAUGCUACAAUAUUGAAAUAUUUUAUUUGUUAUACACUAAUCAUGCUACAAUAUUGAAAUAUUUUAUUUGUUAUACACUAAUCGAGCUACAAUAUUGAACUAUUUUAUUUGUUAUACACUAAUCGAGCUACAAUAUUGAAAUAUUUUAUUUGUUAUACACUAAUCGAGCUACAAUAUUGAAAUAUUUUAUUUGUUAUACACUAAUCGAGCUACAAUACUGAAACAUUUUAUUCGGAUGUCCAUAUACACUAAUCAUGACAAUUACAUAAUUAUUUAUUGUCAGGAUUACUAUCUUUCUAAUCUGUUUCAGGAUUACUAUCUAUCUCUUCUGUUCAAGAGAUUAGUAGAAGGUCCUGUGUUUAAAGUAAUAAGCCCCGCCACACAGCUGAGGGUGUAUUGCAACUGUGCACGCGUGGGGCUGUAAGUGAAAAUUUUAAAAAUCUCGUCUUAAGUGUGUGGAUAUGUUUUCUUAGAAUUUCCACAGACUCUCUUUUUGAAAUCAACUUUUAUGGCAUCAUCUGGUUUAAGGUACAACCAAAAACUACCCUCACCAAAAUAAAAAAAAAAAUACGAGUUUGUUUUGGUUUCAUCUUUUUUACUGAACUGAAAUGAAAUUACUUUAGCUCCAGUCCUGGUUCGAUCCAUGGCUGAACUGAAAUGAAAUUACUUUAGCUCCAGUCCUGGUUCGAUCCAUGGCUGAACUGAAAUGAAACUAGUUUAGCUCAUAUCCUAGUUCGACACCCGGCGGAACUGAAAUGAAACGACUCUAGAUCAUAUCCUGGUUCGAUUCAUGAUUUUUGCCACCACAUAGUUGAAAGAAGCUGGGAAACUUAGUUUAAAAUUGACAUGCUUAUCAGUUUGAUGAAUUUCUGACUAGCAUGUUAAAUGAAGUGCUCAUUAAACUCAUGUUACAAAGAAAUGUAAGUCUACCACAUACCAUUAACCUAACUUUAAACCCAAUCCCUAACCCUAACCCUAACCCUAAACCUAACAGUGAUAUGUUAUAUAAGAGGUUUCAUCCUAGGGAUUUCGAUUAACUUAUGUAAUAAUUCGCAUGUUUAUUUUUAACAAUUUUUUAGCUCUGUAUGUAUUUCAAAGAACAUAUUAGGAGACCUUUCGAUUCUCUCCUUACCAUCCCCCCCCCCCCCUUUGAUUGUAACUGCUGUAGAGGUUGUGAGACAGUUCAUAGUUUUAAAAAAAAUUAUAAAUGUGCAGGAUAUUAAAAUAUGCUUGGAAAUCGUUCUAUUUAAAAGUUGUAACUCUCCAAUUUCCAACACAGAUACAACCCAGGGGCCAUAGUUGUCUACUAUUUGAAUCUUGCAAAGAAACCGUGUAAGCUAAAUUUGGCUCAGUUUGCAGACCACGUAAAGGAUGUCUAUAGUUUAACUCCAGAAAAAGGAGAUUUAGCUGCAAGGUAAAUUUCUUCCUAUGACCAAUAUAUUUUCACUUAUUUCAGAGGUAGAUAAUCAAAGACCCAUAUCACUUCUUUCCCUUGUAGUGUAUUACAUUAAAGACCUAAAUUAGGACAACAAAUGAUGACGUCACCCGUUUUUGGCUUCUUUGGUAGACGCAUUUUCUUAAUUGCUAAAAAUUUAAUUGACAUAAAUCGAAAAAUAAAUAGAAAAAAAAAUAACAAAGAGAAAGACAAUUUACUUAAUCAAAAAAAAAAAAGAAAUAAAAAAAAAAAAAAUAUUUAGGCCAUUCUUCCCAAAUUUUAUUAAUUGCUAAAAAUUUAAUUGACAUAAAUCGAAAAAUAAAUAGAAAAAAAAAUAACAAAGAGAAAGACAAUUUACUUAAUCAAAAAAAAAAAAAAGAAAUAAAAAGAAAGAAAAUAUUUAGGCCAUUCUUCCCAUUAGGGCAGAAUACAAUAUAAUUAAUUGUAAAUAGUGUGCAUUGUUGGACUUGAGUUGUAGAAAUUAACAGACUCUGAUGAAUCUGGGCGAAUUUUCCCGUAAGGUCAUUAGAUAUCAAAUAUAUGAAAACUCAUUAGUCAAUUAUUUUCCAGUAUAAACCCAUUUUAAAAUGAGGAAGUAAUUCACAUUACUAGACUUACAUCUAGUCGUCAUCAUAUAUUUUUAAAUGAGGAAGUGAUCCACAUUCCUAGACUUACAUUUAGUCAUUAUCAUAUAUACUUCUCAUUUGUUUGGAUCCUUACAGGCGUGUUCUUUUAAAUGGUAAGAAGCUGAACAUGAUCGGGGACGCAGUGCCGCCAACGCCACCUCUGAAAGUUGCGGGCGACGUUCAAGUUGAAGGUCGAAGUUUUGGUUUCAUCGUUGUGCCGGACGCCAAUCAGAAUUUGUGCAAGAAAUACUUC